CUAAUUGAUAAGUGCCGAAGAGAAGGCCGGCACACAUUUUCAAUCAAAAGAUCGAAGUUGGCUUUUCACUACACAAGCCUAGGACUUCAAAACUGUGCUCUUUCCUAGUUUUGGGUAAAGAGAGAUGAUGAGUUCGGUAGAAAAAGCAACCAAAAAACUGCAUGCAGUUUUAGUCCCAUUCCCAGCACAAGGCCAUGUUCACCCCGUGAUGCAAUUAGCCAAGCUUCUUCACUCAAAGGGCUUCCACAUAACCUUUAUCAACACCGAGUUCAACCACAACCGUUUAAUUCGAUCUAAAGGUCCCGACUCCGUUAAGGGUCUUCCAGACUUUGUGUUCGAGACCAUACCGGACGGGUUGCCCCCUUCGGAUAAGGAUGGAACCCAAGAUAUUCCAGCUUUAUGUGACUCCAUUAAGAAAAUUUGUCUUGGCCCAUUUAAAGAACUGGUGAAGAAGAUCAACACCACAUCUCAAGUGCCACAAGUUACGUGUAUAAUUGCAGAUGGUGUCAUGGGCUUUGGGAGACAAGCUGCUCAAGAAUUAGGCAUUCCAGAGGUUCAAUUUUGGACUGCCUCUGCUUGUGGCUUCAUGGGGUACUUGCAAUACGGUGAACUCAUCAAACGUGGCAUCAUUCCGUUCAAAGAUGGGAAUUUCAUGCAUGAUGGCACACUCGAUACACCAAUUGAUUGGAUCCCAGGCAUGAGAAAUGUUCGGCUCAAGGACAUCCCGAGUUUCAUUAGAGUUACUGAUCUCAACGACAUAAUGUUUAAUUUCAUGGGAUCCGAAGUAUGGAGCUGUUUGAACUCUUCUGCAAUCAUCUUCAACACAUUUGACGAAUUCGAACACGAAGUGUUAGAGGUAAUAUCGACAAUGUUCCCCAACAUUUACACCAUUGGCCCCCUUAAUUUGCUUGGUAGGCAUUUCCCCGAAAACAGUUUGGUCAAGUCACUUAACUCAAGCUUAUGGAAAGAAGACACAAAAUGUUUGGAAUGGCUUGAUAAAAAGAAACCCAAUUCAGUUGUGUACGCAAAUUAUGGAUGCAUAACGACGAUGACUGACCAACAUUUGAUCGAGUUUGCCUGGGGGCUAGCAAAUAGCAAGCACCCAUUUUUGUGGAUAGUUAGGGCUGAUGUGUUAAAGGGUGACUUACCAAUUUUACCCGAUGAAUUUUUUGACGAGAUUAAGGAUAGGGGUUAUAUUGCAAGUUGGUGUGCACAGGAGCAAGUGUUAGCUCAUCCAUCUGUUGGGGUUUUCCUAACACACAGUGGUUGGAAUUCUACCAUUGAAACUAUAUCUCAUGGUGUGCCUGUAAUUUGUUGGCCUUUCUUUGCAGAGCAACAAACGAAUUGUCUGUACUCAUGCACAACGUGGGAAAUUGGAAUGGAGCUGAGCCCCGAUGUGAAGCGCCACGAAAUUGAAGCACUUGUUAAGGAAAUGCUAGAAGGAGAAGGGGGGAUGAAGAUUAGGGGAAAAGCAAAGGAAUGGAAGAAAAAAGCCGUUGAAGCUACUGAUGUUGGAGGAUCAUCGUACAAUAAUAUUGAGAGAUUGUUUAAGGAGGCACUCCAACUUGGUGAAUGAAUUGCUACAUAAUGAGGAACACGUUUGGUCCCCUUUCAUGAACUAUCAAAUAUGCUUUUAUUGUUUAUGUUUGAUAAUUUGGAUCUCAGUUUUUCUAGUUGUUGUAGCCCCUCACUAUAAAUAAACAACAUCACAUGUUGUAGUCGAUGUUAAUCAUUGUCUCUAUCAUGUCUCUAA